AGGUUUCCGAAGUUGAAUCGAGAGGGCGAGGUAGAGGGGGGACAAGCACCGAAAAAGUGUCGAGGAUUCAAUUGUUGUUGAGAAGACGAUCCCUUGGUUCCCAGGGGGAGGAAAAAAAGAAGCGAGGAAGUGAACGCAGAUUUUGUUUUGUUUCUAGUGCGUGUUGUUCGUUGUGAGGACACACCAUGACGGCCGACGCUCGUCACCUCAUGUCCGUGUCGUUGGGCAAGAUUGCGCAGGCCCGUGCCCAGCGUGGUGGCAUGAAGCUGCACCACAGCCUCCUUGUGGCCACUGUGCUCCACAAGGCCCGCAGCGCCUUCAUGGAAGAGACUCUUAGAAUGGUGGACUCGUUGAGAUGUCAGCCGUGUUUACCCGAACCUGCAUUCGGUCAUUUUCCCGACCCACCGGCCCACGACUCCCAGGGCAACAAAGACAUCCCCUGCAUGGACUCUUUCUCGAGACACCGAUUCGGGUUUGAGCCAGAAGAGCCCGAAGAACGAGUGACGAUCUUCGACCUGGACACGCGAGUGAGCUGCCAGGAGUCCGCCCUGUGUGAUAUCACCAACAACGACGCGUCGUCGUCGCUGUUGUCACCCUCGUCAUCCCUGCCGUCACCUGGCACCAAGCGCAAGCGACCAGCUCGAGACGAGCUAGAAGAAGCCGUCUCAUCCAUUGUGCCGAAACGGUCUCGCAAUACUUCCUCUCGUCGUCGGUGUUGUCCCACCAACACCAACAAUACCCUGACCAAUUCCAGCAGCAAUUACAUCAACAACAACAACAUCGACGACAGUGACUUUUCGGGCGUUUCAUCGGAAGAUGAUGACGAUGAGGAGAACGAGGAUGAUGUUGUCGACUGCGACACUGUGGUCGUCGUCGCAUCGUCAUCAGCGAUAGCAGCGACUACCACAACGACGACGUUGCCCGAACCAGACGCCGGUGUGCAAUCGCUGACGAACUUAGUGUCGAUAUUCGGAUUCAAAGCCCGGUCGGAGUCUCCUGUGGCGACGGGAGUGUCGACAGCGCCAUCGUCAGUGUCGGUGUCUUCCUCGUCUUCCCUAUCGUCAUCAUCCUCUCUCCAGCACCAGGAAAGCGGGACGACGUUGACACGGUCCAUGUCGACGCCGGAUUUGUGCGGCGUGCAGGGCUUCCAUCAUCGGAGAGACGAUCACGCACCCAGAGCAGCGAUCGCCAUGACGGUGUAAAGAGAGAGACCAAAAAAGAAAAAAAGGGGGGAGAUGAAACACACGAGAAGAAGAAGAAAAAAAAUAAAAAGGAAUAAGGAAAACCUUACCCACAAGUACGACGACCUGAAUGGCAAUGAACGGCUUUCCAAAGCGACGACGGCGAGGUUACUUUGAUUUUUUUGUUACUCCGCGUUGUUGGUUGGAACUCUUGGAAUUCGCAUCAUCCCCCGCAAGUCACUUUCUUUCUUACUUCCUUUUUUUUCAUGCGCGAUGGUUUCACGAACUAGUGACUUUCUACCGUGUUUUCCCCAAAAUUAUGACGUGUUCGUAAGCUGAACUCCCCGACAACAGUCAAGGGUGUUGACCAGAGCUUUUCCAUCACUGAUGCUAUAACUGUACCACUAUGCAUACCAUGGGCGGUUGUCGUACCGAAUGAUGGUACAGUACCAUACAGCUGGCAAUGUGUCAUGUCUGAUGAUUAGGAUAAAGGUUUGAAGCGAAGGAUCUUUGUCCUGUGGUACCUAACGAGUAAGACACGGGUGUAACUUACCUGCGAAAAACGUAUCCUUAUGAAUGUAUUGAAAGUUUCACAAUCUACGAGAAAAUUUAAAGCUUCCAUUAUUUAUUCAAUUCCAAUGAAAUCAGCUAACGGAAAAAUAGAGGCUCUGAACACGGCGGCAAUUUUGAGGCGUUGACGGACGAAUAUUGCAGUCUAAACUAAGCUUUUUCAGCAAUAGCGGUGUUCCUUAUUUCGUAAUUGGAAAAAUCCUGACGGCGAACAAGGUAGUAAUUUGUCCAAUAUUGAGAACGAGGCUGUUGAAUCAACGGUUCAAGCACAACUGGUGGUAAUAUGGACAGUUUCUGUGCAGCAAUAUUGUGUUUUUCAUGAAGAUCUUUCGUAAUACUUGCCUCUGAUAGUUACAAGAAGGAGAAUAUGUGAAAAGAACCUAAUGCAAGCUUUUUUUAACCUGUGCCAAACUCCUCUCAGAUGGCAGUUGCUCAUGUGGUACAUCCGGAACAUGGUAUGCUAAUGCCCAGUUCGGUAAUAUUUAUUUGAAAGAAAAAAACUGGAAAAGCUCUGUCGUUCAACUUGAUGAGACCGAGUCCGUGAUGGACUGAAGUCUUAAAGUCGAAUUUUGGGGAACACACGGUACACUGCUACUACAACCGUACCUGGGACUCCCGACAUCUGGCAACCCUGUGUGUGUGUGUGUGUGUGUUCUGUGUGAAAACUCUAGAGUCCAUGAUGCCAUGCUCUGGUGAGCUUGCAGACAGGUUGAACGUAACUCUUGAGAUUGAGACGUGCUCUGGAGGGCGUGAUCGUUUUUCUUUUAUUCUUUAUUACAAUUUACCCUGGUAAAGUAACGUACAGUACUGGAAGCAGGCACUUGGGGAUUGCGAAAUUGUAAUAAGUUGUGACGACACGGGGGAGCGUUUUCUGUGCUGCAGAAUAAUUUCCUAACGUCUUCCCUAAGGCAUUGAAAGAUGGAUGGAAAAAAAUAGUUGACUCUAGGGUUUCUUUUUAAUGAUCUCGGCUGAAUCCGGGAUGAAGUUACUGAAGUGGGGAGAAAACCUGAGGAAAUACCUUUUUUACGCUCACGUGUCAAGGGGUUUGAAAUCAAAGAAAUCUGGAAAAGACAUGUGUUUUCAAGGAAAUUCAGCUGAGCUGUUGGAUUGUGGUGCAGUAUAUGGUCUUAUGACUCUGCAGUUUGAUUGUGGUCAGAUUCUUGAAAUUUUAAAGAUUGGCCUCAAGUCCUGGAAUUUGUUGAACACAGUUGUUUAUCUGAAAAUAUUGAAGCACACAAAUUCAGGAUUAUUUUCUCAUGUACACAUCAGAUAAGGUUGCCAGCGUUGAGGAGAUAGCACAACUGUUGUACCAAGCGCGAAAAGAGGGAGGAGAGACACGUUUCCCCAGAUGCAGAGUUCAACGCGACUCGUACAAAAAGAAAACAACCAAAAAAUGUCGGCUUUUUUGAAGAAGAAAAAAUGUCAGAAAUUCCUUUCAGAAAAAAAGGAGAUAAACGCAGUUUUUUCCACCUGUUGAAGAGACGAAAAAAAUUACAAACGUACAAAUGUUUCCUGCCAAUUGAUGGACCCAUGGAGAAAGAGAAAAAUUGUGGAAGGAAUACCGACGAAUUGAUGAUGGCGAGUGGAACGAAAUCAUUGUUUUAUUUUUGCCAGACGUGAUUGCGGAAAUGAUGAAUUUUUCCUGAGUGGGUGGAAUUUUUAUUAUUCGCGAUUCCGGGCAUCCGUUUGUAUGUGUGUGCGCUUGUGUGUAGGGGAAUUUUUAUAUUUUCCACUUGCUCGAGUUUUUUUUUUUUCGAAACAAGCAUUUCCGCAUUUUUGGCGAGGUUUCGACACCGGAGGUAUUUAAAAGAUGCGAUUUUUCUUUGGACCAAUGUUGUUUCUCAGGAACCAAUGGGUUUUUCUUUUCCCCCGCAUUUCAUUUUGGCAACGCUGGAAUCCGUCCGUUUGUGGAAAUCAUUCAUCGGUUUUCUCGUUAUUUUUUUCUGGUUGUGUUCCGCUCUUGAGGGAGUCCAGCAUAAGGAAGUGUUUUCUGCUGAACUCUUUCUCUUGGUGUGUUGGUUUCUCUGCGUUUCGCCUGCGCAUGUGUGCCCCCCUUAACUGCUUCCCUGUGCGUCCUGUGCGCGCAAGGAUGCGUGUUGGUGUGCGUGGGCCGUUUUUCAGAGGGAGAAGGAAAGGAGAGGGUUGCGCAACACCGCGAGCGGAGAGGGAGUGUGCGCAUGUGUGUGCGGUACUGAGCGAGCGAGGGAGAGUAGUCCCUCUGUCUGUCUUUGCUUCCCUCCCGCCUCUCUGUCCCAUCACCUGGCUAUACCAAUGGGUGUUGGCACUGGCCUGGUAGGCGGCCAACCUCGUGUAUUUCUUGUAUGGGGAGAUUUCAAUUUUUCACUUUACUAUGUUUUCUCCGUUGUCACAACUGCUGGAUAGGUUUCUUUCCCUGCUUUGUGUCGUUUCCCUAUGCCACGAUGUUCGUUAUUUUUGUUGUGUCAGGGCUGUGCAUCGGUGCAGUAGGUCGUCUACUGCACCAAUACUCGAAGGUUUCACGUGCAGAACUGUAGUUUCUUGCUACAACCGAACGACCUGUUUGCCGAAAGAGGCUAUUUCUGGAGGAAGGAUAGCGGGAAAAAAUGAAACUCUCCUGGACAGUCGUUAAUUGGACAUUUGUGGGGAGUUUGAGGUGGGGACGGUGAGGGGAAACUGGGUCGCGACGAUUCCGAAAGGCUUUCUUUCGGAGGUCUCACGCAAACUCGCUCGCUCGCACGCGGGUCUCAGAGCGCAUCGCACGCAUGCAAGCACGCGUUCGCAACAGCGAUGCGGCGGGAAAAGCAAAGCGCGCAUCCUACAGUACCGGACUAGCGACGCCUCAACGUAACCGUGGCUGUUCUGUGGCUGGACACAGUUUCGCUUCUCCCCCACGCGCGCGCCCUUCUUUUUCUCCUCCUAGGGGUGGGGGAGGUUUUAGAGAAGAAAAACCUCUGGGCUGCAUGAUCUCAAUUAGGCAAGAUUUUUGUCGCGAAUGGUUUUGUUGCUGCUGCUCUUUGUGCUCUCACAUCGUUGCCUACGACCCAUCUUUUAUUUUUUGUUCGUUGAGGUUGAACCGUCCCGAGAUACACUGAGGUGCUUUAGUGGAUUCCGGUCGGGAAUUCACAUCGGGGCGAAAAGAAAAAUGUCUCGCUGCGCUCGGUACGGUUACGCAGAAGGAGUUCAUUGACGGUUCGGGCGGUUUUUUUUUCUGUUGGUGGUUCUAGUCUCUAGGACAGGAGAUGAAUUGAUCGGAGCGUGAAGAGAAGAAAAAUCUUUUUUUUUCGGAGAUGGCCUUUUUUUUUGUUUCUGGAGACGUGCCUCGGCUGACUGGGUGGAAUAUUUUUAUUGUGGGCCGGAAAACAAAGAUUAUCUAGAUUUCUAUGAAAAAAA